UUGAAUUUUAUUGUGAGUGUUAGAAUUAGCAUGUUUCUGUUGCUGAUUUACUAGACAAUAUAAAUGGUCAUAUAUUUGGUGUAAAAUAAUUUAUUGUGGUGGUACCUUUUAUAUUUGUUUCUAGCGUUCCUGAUAAAAUAAAAAUAAACUCCAAAUAUGAUUAUUCCAAUUCGUUGUUUCACAUGUGGUAAAGUUAUUGGUAACAAAUGGGAGUCGUAUUUAGGUCUUUUACAAGCCGAAUAUACGGAAGGUGAUGCUUUGGAUGCUCUUGGACUCAAACGAUAUUGCUGCAGACGUAUGCUGUUGGGACAUGUUGAUCUAAUCGAAAAAUUGCUCAAUUACGCGCCUUUGGAGAAGUAGUUUUGUUUGAACAGAGCACAUUUUUCCACAACUUACCUUUUGGAAAUAGUAUAAAAUAUAUGUAGCAUUUAGCAACGAUUUAUUAAAUAUAUGUCUUAUUAAUUUAUAAAAACUCGA